AUGUCUGCUCAGAUUUGGGUGAGGUUCUUUGGUCUCCCUCAAGAAUAUUGGCGCCCUCAGAUACUGUUUGCUAUUACAAGUAGUGUCGGUACUCCGAUUUGUAUUGAUUCAGCCGCGUCCAAAUCUAGAGUGGAAAGAACCUUUGGCUACUUUGUUCGUGUCUUGGUUGAUAUGGAUCUCUCUCAGCCCCUUAACCACAAUGUUCUUGUUGAAAGAGAGGGUUUUGCUUUUUUCACUGAUAUUUCCUAUGAGAAUCUGCCUGAAUUUUGCUUCCAUUGCAGAAAAACGGGACAUAACUCUAUUGAUUGUAAGUUGCUACAUAAAAUGCCUCAAGCUGUUGCCAAGCCUUCCAAACCUAUUCCUCAGAAAACUACAACCCCAGUGAUCCUUCAGGACCCCUCUUUUGUUCCGGAUCCUGUCCCGGUUGUUCCUUAUGGAGAUGUCCUUCAACAUCCUUACACUUCUCAGGUUGGUGCUGAAGGGGGAGUGGCGGUGGACGGACCCCCUGAUCCUGUCUUGGUGGAGGAUCCUCAUGCUCCCCAACCGAUUCCUAAUUUCAUCUCCCAGCUCUCUCAAGAUUCCAAUACCCAACUCUCUGUCUUUGUUGACGCCACUCCUGAGUUUGAUUCUAUUGCUGAAGUUCCUGAAACUAUUGACAAGAAUAGAAUUUUUCUGAAAAAUUCAUGGGAUGCCCUUUCUCUCGAUGUUGCUGAACCUUCUGCUCCGGCUUUUUCUAUUGUAUAUGCUGCUACUAACCAAGCAAAACGCAAGGAUCUUUGGCACCACCUCUCGUUCCUUCAGUCUACUCACAACCUCCCUUGGUCUUUCCUAGGUGACUUCAAUACCAUCAUUGGUGCCCAUGAACAUAGAGGCCGAAACUCUCCAGUUAAAGGGCCUAUGUCUGAUUUCAAAACCUGGAGCGACAUCAACAACCUUGUUCAUGUGCCCACUAAAGGUUCUUUCUUUACUUGGUCGAACAAAAGAAAUGAUCCAUUCUUCAUUGAAAGGCGUUUGGAUAGAUGCAUUUGUAACCAUCUUUGGCUGGUUUCAUGUGCCUCUACUACAGUCUCUACCCUUACCAAGUUAUGCUCUGAUCACUUUCCCAUUCUCUUGGAGUUUCACAACAAUCACCCCAAAGUAGUCUCUCAAUUCAAAUUUCUCAAGGCUUGGACUUUGCACCAGGGCUGUAGACCUCUUAUUGAAGAGGUUUGGAAGCAAAAGAUUCUGGGUUGUCUUAUGUUUGUUUUGUCCCGUAAACUCCAAAUUCUCAAAAGCUCCCUCAAGUCUUGGAAUUACUCUACCUUUGGAAAUGUUACUUCUAAUGUUAAACUAGCAGAAGAAAAUCUCCACAAUAUUCAAUCUCUUCUUCAGGCUUCGGGGAACAAUGACGGUCUUAGAGCCCAAGAGUUAGAUGCCCAAACUACUCUUUCCAAAGCUUUAGAUAUUGAAAACUGUUUUUGGAGGGAAAAGUCCAGAAUCAAGUGGUCUUUAGAAGGUGAUCGCAACACUGCUUUUUUCCACCGUAUCACCAAGAUAAAAAAAACUCCUUUAAACCUAUCUCCAUUCUCAAAGAUGGAGACAUCACCUUGA